AGUUGAACUUGUGUUGGUUCUGCAUUCACUGCGUGGACACGUGUUUGCUUUCGGGAACGUCAAGUUUACGCCACUCAGCCUUUUUGCCUCCUUUAAGUCGCUGCGCUGACCUGUCUUCCCCAAAAGGUAGACACGUUUGUUAAACCACGGGCUCCGAUCUUUCUUGCUGUGUCCUCGCCGAUUUCGACCAAAGAAACAACUUCGAACUGGCCACAAUGAGUUCCCCAAUGACUCAACCAGGAUCACCAGGAAUGUUGCGUCGUUCUAUGAGCGGAAGUUCAGGACUGAACAACUUGGCAAAGUCAUCAAGUUUCAUCCGUCGUAAUAACGAUCGUGAUGGAAUGGGUAACAACGUUGGAGUCAGCCCAGGUGGCAGCAAUGCAGCUUAUCGCGCUUCCUUAGUAUCCCACUAUGCUGAAGAUUUGGAUAGGCGUCGCCGCGCUGAGCGAGCCGUUGAAGAUAUUCGUACUGAUGGAAUGACUUCUGAAAAUCUGAAGAUUGAUUCGGUUGAGUUGUAUUCUCGAGACAAUGCCCGUGAACAUCGCACUGACCGCUAUGAAUUGGUUCGGGACACUGGCAGAGACAUUGGAUCUUCGUCUUCCAUGGUUAUGUCUAUGUCGAUGACUAAUAUGUCAUCCCUGUCAUCGAUGGACUAUCGUUCAUCCUCGUCCUCAUCCACUACCGUUCUUCGUCGUGGUCAGCCAUUCUUCAUGGCUGUGCGCAUGAAGGACCGUAACUUCGAUCCUCGUCGUGAUAUUCUGCGAGCUUCUUUCAGCUUCGGUCCCAACCCUCAGGUGACCAAGGGAACCAAAGUUGUCUUGCCUUUCCGUGUGACUCAGCGGGAAUUUAGCCGUGCACCACAAAAAUGGGACAUGCGUGUGCAUCAACAGGAGGGUUUCAACAUCACUUUCCAAGUCCAUAUUCCUGCCAACGCCCUAGUCGGACUUUGGCGCGUCAACAUCGAAACGACCACGACAACACCUGGAGCACGCAUUGAUGAAUUCCGCUUCAAAGAUGACAUCUACAUCUUAUUUAACCCCUUCUGCAGAGACGACCCGGUUUACCUAGACAGUGAGGAUCUACGCCGUGAAUACCUAAUGAAUGAAACAGGAAAGGUGUUCGUGGGUACACAUCAUCGCCCGAAAGGUCGUCGUUGGGUCUACGGACAAUUCUCCGAUGUAGCAUUGCCAGCUGCCCAGCUUUUAUUGGAACAAUCCGGCUUGAAUCCCACUGAAAGAGGAAACCCUGUCCAAGUUGUCCGUGCCAUCGCCUCCAUCAUCAACGCCAAUGAUGGAUUUGGUUUGUUGGAAGGCAAAUGGGAGGGCUCCUUUGAAGAUGGAGUUUGUCCAUGGGUAUGGACUGGAAGUUCCAAAAUUUUCGAGCAUUACCUACGAAACGGAUCGAAGCCAGUAAAAUACGGACAAUGUUGGGUGUUCGCUGCUGUAGCUACUUCCAUUUUCCGAGCAUUGGGUAUUCCUUCUCGUCCAGUAACCAACUUUGUCUCCGCGCGUGAUACAAACCACACCCUUUCUGUUGACAAGUACUUUGAUAUAUUUGGAGAUGAAAUGAAAGGUGGACCAGAUGGGGACAAUCAAGAUGCCAUGUGGAACUUCCAUGCCUGGACUGAAGUAUGGAUGUCACGACCGGAUCUGCAAGCCGGUUUCAACGGCUGGCAGGCUAUCGACCCAACCCCUCCUCCUCAGUUCUGGCAGAACAACUCCGGGGAUCAAAAGAGCCGCGGACCAUGGGCUGUUGAAGCUUUCCGCCGAGGUCCCUCAUCCGUUGAAUCCGUCCGCCGAGGUGAAGUGGGAUUCGCCUACGACACCCCAUAUCUGUUUGCCGAAGUCAAUGCCGAAGUCAGCCACUUCCAAGAGGAUGAGAAUUCUCAUUGGGGAUUCAGAAAGAUUCACGUCAACAAUUAUCAUGUUGGCCGCAUGAUCUUAACUAAGCGACCAGGAGCGGACGAUGAUGUCAGUGAUGCCGACGCAGAAGAUAUCACGAGCCUUUACAAGAACCCCGAUGGCAUGUCCCGCUAUCAAAAGCAAGGCGACGGAUGUUUCAGCUCCCACUUCAACCAAGGAAUGUCAUCGCCAUAUUUGGAGAGGAGAGACAGAGAAAGGGAUAGAGAUAUGAUUCAUUACCCUGGCACAGUCCGUCGCCUUAGUAUUGUCGAUAUCGCUCGCAAACCAUGGUAUGAUGAAUCGCGCCAUGCAGCUGAUCCAGGGUCGGCGGCUGAGCGUGUUUCAUCGAUGAACGCUGCUCGUAGCGUUGAGCGAUCGCAGCCAAUGUUCGAUUCCCGUCCAGUGAACGAGGAUGUCUAUUUCGACUUGAUUGAACAGGAUAAAGUUGCCUGGGGACAGCCUUUCAAUCUUCAACUUCAUGUCCAGAAUCGUUCUCAAGAAAUGAGAACCAUCAGCACAAUCCUAUCUGCCAACUCCGUUUAUUAUACUGGAGUUACUGCUCGUCGUCUUGGCCGCACUGAUCGCCAGUUUGUUCUUCAACCUGGAGGCCGAGAAACUUUGCAAAUCCGCGUCAGCUGGGACGAGUACCGAGACAAGAUUGUUGACUAUGGUCACAUUAAGAUCUAUGCUAUGGCUUCCGUACAGGAAACCAAACAGUCAUGGAGCGAGGAAGAUGACUUCCAGUUGGAGAAACCCAAGCUGGACAUUCAGAUCCGUGGAAACCCUCAGGUAGGCCAGGAUUGCUUCGUCACAUUCAGUUUCAUGAAUCCAGUGUCAGUUAGUCUGACUGAGUGCGAGUUCACGUUUGAAGGACCUGGGCUGGUUCGUCCUCAGACUGUCAAAUAUCGUGACGUGAAACCGGGAGAGAUGAUCAGUUUCGUCCAGAAGUUCAUGCCCCGAUUCAGCGGCGAACGUAAACUUGUUGCCACCUUCAACUCCCGCGAACUAGGUGACAUUAUUGGCUCUCGCCCAAUUCACGUUCGGGACUGAAACUCUUUAUCCGAUGAACGAAAUUACUUUCAUGCUACGACCUGGACCUUGCAACGGACUUGCCCAUGGAAAGUGAAAGCAAAUUAUUAAACAUAGCCCCACUGUGUGCCCUACUGCACUUCUCCAAUCCUAUUUCAUUUAUUGUAUUCUCUGACUAACAUUUUUAGUAAUUAUUGUAUUCAACUAACCACUGUUUCCUUCUAUGCUGAUGGUGAAGGCUUUAUUCUUACUGUUAUUCUCUUUUCAAGGUGACGGUUUAUAGACAGUCAGAAUAAAUUUCAUCAAGCAACCAUAA